UGGAAUUCAACGCAACAGAUAGUUACCCCCUUCUUCCGCAUUGUCAUCCAAUCAGUAAAGCCGAAGGACCGGAAGUUUUGAAAGAAUCGCGCACGCGGGAAAUUAUAGUUCGCCGCAGUAGUACAACAGGAGGUCUGUGUUAUAUAAACAGUAUGAAGGUGGUAACGUGUGAGAUUGCAUGGCACAACAAGGAGCCAGUCUACAGUCUGGACUUCCAGCACAGCUCGGAUGGACGCAUCCAUCGGCUGGCAACAGCUGGAGUUGACACCACAGUCAGAGUGUGGCGUGUAGACACGGGCCCUGACGGGAAGGCAGUGGUGGAGUUUCUGUCUAAUCUGGCUCGACACACUAAGGCUGUCAAUGUAGUGCGCUUCAGCCCUAAUGGAGAGCUGCUUGCCUCAGGAGGAGAUGAUGCAGCAAUUCUGCUGUGGAAGCUCAACGACUCCAAGGAGCCUGAGCAGGCCCCCAUGUUCCAGGAGGAUGAAGAUGCUCAGCUCAACAAGGAGAGCUGGUCUGUGGUCAAGACACUCAGGGGACACAUUGAGGAUGUGUAUGACAUCUGCUGGACACGGGAUGGAAACUUCAUGGUGUCUGGGUCUGUUGACAACACCGCUGUUAUGUGGGACAUCAACAAAGGACAGAAGCUGUGUAUCCUGAAUGAUCAUAAGAGCUACGUGCAGGGGGUGACCUGGGAUCCUCUGGGCCAAUAUGUAGCAACUCUCAGCUGUGACAGAGUGAUGCGUGUGUACAGUACUCACACCAAGAAGAAGGCUUUCUGUGUUAGUAAAAUGAGCUCUGGGCCACUCCCAGAAGGAGAGGUCAAGCAGUACAGAAUGUUCCACGACGACAGUAUGAGGUCAUUUUUCCGACGUCUUUCAUUCACACCAGAUGGGUCUUUCCUGCUUGCCCCAGCUGGGUGUGUGGAGAUUGGAGAAAACAUUAUAAACACCACCUACAUCUUUUCCAGGAAGAGCCUCAAGAGGCCCAUUGCUCACUUACCAUGUCCAAGUAAAGCCACACUGGCUGUGCGCUGCUGCCCUGUCUACUUUGAACUGAGGACCAAGAAGGGAGAAGAUGGCUCUGUUGAACCUCUUCCAAAUGUUUUCCAGUUGCCGUACCGUAUGGUGUUUGCUGUGGCAUCUGAGGACUCCAUCUUUUUGUAUGACACACAGCAGACCCUGCCUUUUGGCCUGGUGUCCAAUGUCCACUAUCACACGCUCAGUGACCUUACAUGGUCUCGCGAUGGUUCCUUCCUGGCUGUGUCCUCCACAGAUGGCUACUGCUCCUUCCUCUCUUUCUCUCCAGGGGAGCUGGGCACACCACUAAAGGAGCCCCCAACCCUGGAAGUUUUUGCCCCAAACAGUGGUGUAGAGAAAAAGGGCAAGAAAGCUAAGACCUCUUCUCCCAUGACCCAGUCACCGAGCUCGGCCCCGACUCCCAUGUCCCAAACCGGCCUCUGCAAAGAUGCCCCCUCUGUCACCCCCCCUGAGGAGAAGAAGAGCACUCCCAGUGCCAAGUCUAAACCCCAGCCCCGUAGGAUCACCCUCAACACCUUGGAGGGCUGGGGGAAGCCCUCAACCCCCAAAGCCUCAGCUCCUUCAGCACCUCAAACCCCUACAUCUGCAAGCACAAGUGCACCUUCAACUCCACAGCCCCCUGCAGCCCCUCUCACGCCGACCAGCUCCUCUAAAAAACAGACACGCAUUACCCCGCUCACUCCAUCCACCCCUAAAGUCCUCAACAGUGCCAAUACUGCUGGACCCACCACCCCGAAGGGUACGACCACCCCGAAGUGUACGACCACCCCUAAGGGGCCCACCCCAAGGAGAGUAUCUCUGACUCCUGUUGGAGUCCGAUCUCCAGCUGUUGGUUCACUCUUCUGCACUCCCUCUUCCACUGAGAAGGCCAAACAUGAGCGUCCCUCUCCUCCCACCGAUCCAGUGUGCCAGCCUCCAGAGUCCAAACGGCCCAAGACCAGCAAGGCCUCUGCAAAGACCAAAGGCGCGAAGGCUUAGUGUUAACGUUGUGGUGCUGUGAUAUCAGAUGAAGUACAUACAGCACAGGGUGACUGUUGAGGAAGCCCCAGUCCAAACCUUCGCGGUUGCCCAUAGAUGUAAAACAACAGUGCAAUAGCACUGUGUUUUGCAUUGAUAUAUGUUUGUUCUUAAACUAGAUGAAGCUGAAACCUCAGUUAUACAACAAACUGUAUUGCGGUAAGUGUCCUUUAGUGGUGUGUGUUUUUCUAUCGUACAGUAAACAUGUAUUGAGUCAAUUGUAUUAUAUUUGAUUUGUUUGACAUCCAGGUGCUGAUGUGCUGUUGUAAAAAAAAGUAAAGUUUCUCAUUUAUUCUUAAAAAAUGUUUUGAUGUAAAACAAAAAAUCCUUCUCUAAAAAAUAUCUGAGAAACAAAGCCAAGUGCUUCAAGGUUUAGUGCCUUGUGAGAACUUCAUAUACAACUUGGAGACUGAACCUGAAGACUGUUGAGUAGAAAAACUCAACAUUGUCAAGCAUUUAAAGGUCUUUUCUUAUUGUCUAAUAAAAGAUUUUUCAUAUAAGGAU